AUAGGCAGAUGGGUCAGCUCUUUAUGAUGGGCUUUGAUGGGACCUCUGUCAAUCCUCAGAUUCGUUCACUCAUUGAGAAUCAUUACUUGGGUUCUGUGUUAUUAUCAGCCAAGAAUCUAAAAUCCGCAGAGGAGGCAACGCGACUGGUUCUCGAAUUGCAAACCAUUGCCCGGAAUGCGGGUCAUCCAGUACCUCUGUUAAUUGCCCUGGACCAAGAGAAUGGCGGGGUUAAUAGCCUGUAUGAUGAAACCUAUAUCAGACAGUUCCCUAGCGCAAUGGGAGUCGCGGCGACGGGUUCCCAGGCCUUGGCGCAUGAGGUGGCCCUCGCGACAGCGCAAGAGCUCAAAGCCGUUGGAGUCAACUGGAUCCUGGGCCCAGUUCUGGACGUCUUGACAAAUGUCAAGAGCCAACCGCUGGGCGUCCGCACGACGGGCGAUGACCCGCAAGAGGUAUCGCAGUAUGGUACGGAGUUCAUGAGAGGCUUCCAGGAGGCGGGUCUGGCAACAUGCGGCAAGCAUUUCCCAUCGUAUGGCAAUCUGGAAUUCCUGGGGUCGCAAGCGGACGUUCCCAUCAUCACCGAAACGUUGGAUCAGCUCAGUUUAUCGGCACUGGUUCCCUUUCGUAAUGCAAUUUCCCACGGCUUGGAUUCCAUGAUGGUGGGCGGGGUGUCCAUGUCAUCCGCAGGGGUCAAUGUCAUGCAUGCCUGUUUGAGUGAGCAGGUUGUAGAUGACUUGCUCAGGAAGGACCUAGAUUUCCGUGGAGUGGUGGUCUCAGAAUGCCUGGAAAUGGAGGCGCUGACUCACAACAUCGGCGUGGGCGGCGGUACGGUGAUGGCGAAGAACGCAGGCUGCGAUAUUAUUCUUCUUUGCCGGUCCUUUGCUGUGCAACAAGAAGCCAUAAGUGGACUGAAACUCGGGGUCGAGAAUGGGAUCAUCAGCCGCGGUCGGAUCGAGCAAUCCUUUCGUCGUGUUUUGCAAAUGAAAGCCCGAUGCACAUCCUGGGAGCAGGCGCUGAACCCGCCAGGGCUGCAUUCGCUGACUCAGAUGCAGCCCAGCCAUACGAGUCUUGCCAAGAGAGCAUAUGGCGGUUCCAUUUCAGUGAUGCGCGAUAAGAGGGAUUUGCUGCCGCUAUCUGGCAUCCUGGAUCCGAACGAGGAACUCUUGUUGCUAACACCAUUGGUGAAGCCGCUACCCGCCUCGGCUGUAUCGCGGUCUGUGGCAGCACAUCUAGGUCUGUCACUCGAGGAUCCUAUUGCCUGGGAUCGGACGGCCUCGGUUCUCAGUGGCGAAAGCGUUUUCAAGGAGCUAGGACGGUCCCUCUCACGGCAGCGGAACGGUCGGGUGUUACACACGUCCUACACAACCAAUGGGGUCCGUCCUAUCCACGAGAACCUAAUCGAGCGAGCUAGUGCGGUCAUUGUUGUCACAGCAGAUGCAAAUCGACAUCUGUACCAGCAUGGCUUCACAAAGCACGUGUCGAUGCUCUGCAGGAUGUCGCAAGCAGGGCAACCACGCGAGAAGCCCCUCGUGGUCGUGGCAGCUAGUUCCCCGUACGACUUUGCGACGGAUCGGUCAGUUGAGACCUACGUCUGCACGUACGACUUUACGGAGCCGGCGCUGGAGGCACUGGUACAGGUGCUGUACGGGGAACUGACACCAACCGGAUCCCUGCCAGGGUCUAUCAGCCGUAGUCAGAAGCUGCAUCAGGCGAGACAGCAUUGGCUGGUGGAGAAUUGGAACGAAGAACGAGAUGCUCAUGCGUUAGAUGCCUUGCUGGAUAUUGUUCGAGCGGAUAGCGCGCAGAAUUCGGAGCUGCAGGGAGUGACAUCCAACAGCUUCCUGCUCCGACGAGCAGAAGUGGUCGAGGCCCAUCUCGUGGUAAGGAAUAGCAGCACGCAAGCCCUUUACGGGUUUUGCUCGACGUACUUUUUCCGAUCGACUGGGACCGGUAUUAUUGGAUCAUUGAUAGUGGACCCAUCGCGACGAAGACUAUCGAUCGGGAGAUCACUCCACCAUCGGGCCAUUCACACGCUACUCCAAUGCAAAGGAAUCAAGCGAUUCCAGCUAGGCUCGCGACUUCCUGGGAUAUACUUGGGCAUCCCGGCCACACACCCAGUGGAGCGGAAGCGGCUGCGGCAGUGGUUUGCAAAUUUGGGCUGGAACACAGCGCUGUCGCGGCCGGUGUGCAGUGUGGUGCUGCGCAAUGCGACAACAUGGACACCGCCAAACGGGCUUGUAGACACGCUCCAGAACCAUACGGCAGUGCGGUAUGAUUUGGUAUAUGGAUGGGACUAUGCAGAUGUGGUGUUGGAUCAUGUACGGACGAACUCGCGGCCAGGGCUGCAGGACAUCUACCAUGUGGCUCUGGGAGACGCACCGGACUGCGGAAUUAUCCGGGCGCUACGGGCAGACGACGGGGAAAUGCUUGGCAGUGUAGUCAUUUACAAUGCGCGAUCGGUAUUGGCAGCGCACAUGGCGGCACUGAAGAAUCAACCGGUUCUGGCGGGCGGGGUCUCGUCUCCGGUGAUUUCCCCAUUGGUGGGAGAGUAUGCGACAGUUCUGCAGGGACUGAUAUUUCUGGGAAUCAAGCAGAGCCGCAAGCAGGGGGCGAAAGCGGUUGUCUUGGAUUGUGUGAAUGGAGACAGCAACUUGGAUUGUCUAUCUAGAAUGGGAUUCGAGAUGUUGCAUCGAUUCGAAGAAGUGAAUUGCGAUGCGACGGUAUGGAUGGGGCCUCAUCCAUAGUAUUGUGUGUCUGCCUUUGUGCAUUGGUACAUAAUAAUAAUGACUACAUACUCCGUACUGUAUGGUUCUAGUGUAUAUAGUAUUAACUGAGUGGUUCCGAUUGGACGAUAUGAGAUGAACGAUCACAGCUGGACGCAUCCAAUCAGACAGGAGGAGAUGACUAGAUACGGUAUAGCGCUAGAUCGCCCUCGGAUGAUCCACGGCGGAAAGUG